UCUCGUUCGUAAAAGAAAUAUACCUCCUUGAUCCGCGAUGGCUGCCAAAAAGUCGAGUGAAGAAAAACAGUGCUAUCUCCUUCAAUCAACGACUUACCCUUUGAACAACUCGUGCUCAAAGUACGCUACGGUAGGCCUAGAAUUUUACGGCGGGCAAUACAGACCCGCUGUGCAGAUAUCAAAGUCGGAACAUAUGUACAGUGGUAUAGUGCUAAAUAGCGUCGGCUGGCGAAUGAUUCGUGACAAUAUGCACAAAGUAAUGGGGUACACCUACGGGCAUUUUGAUGAAGCGCCUGAAAUAUACGCUCCCGAUAGAAUCGAGAUAGAGGGCUACUCGAUCGAUUUUACCGUUAUGCACAACAUAAAAUCGGUGCAGUUUACGAGGAAGGUAUUCGACCCUCUACCUGCAAAAUACAAGAGGAUGCUUGCUGCAAAGGAAGCUGAAGCAGCCGCCGCCGCCGAGCAAGCGCCGCCCCUGCCGGAAAGUACCGAGCAGAGAAAGGAGACGGAAGGAGUUUCUGAAAAAAUCACCGAGCUUUCGUCUCCGUCAUCAGCCGAAAGAAGAGAUACGAGCGCCGAAAUACUCUCUCCCGAUACUACUACGCGCGGGUCUGAUUCUGGCGCGAGCCAUGUUCAGAUUUCGGAAUGA